AUGGAGUUUGGGGAACGGAAGAGAAGAAGGAAGUCGCAGAGCUUUAAACUGGUCACGGAUGAAGGUAGGCUGCUGAAUGAAUGUGAGACCUUGCAAGACGCGCGUCUGUGUCUGGUGUUUGUCUGGAGCUAUAUCACUAAUUAUAUACAAAUUUUUCCAAAUUUAGUUCGGCCGGGUGACAAGGGCAUGGAGAUCAAAAGGCAAAUCACAGGCAUGAUGAGGCUUCUGAACGAUAAGUCUGGCAGAGUAUAUCAGCGUGUUGGGACAGAGCAAGAAAGCUCAACAUCGGAGCCCCAGGAGAGGCAUCAGAGCCAGAUACAGCAGUUUCCAACCGUGUCUCUUGUGUCAGAGGACCACCAGAGUACCAACUGGAGCUCCACAGAAGACCCAGAGCCAUCAUCUUUAUCCACAUCCACCCCAGUCCCCAAUGGUCCAAGUUGUGGCCAACACAGCACAUGCUCCGCUCCUCUCAGGAUUCCCAACAGCGCGAAAGAUUCACCUAAAGCCACUGAAGCAAAUGAUGUGCCCCCCGCUGCUGUUCAGGAACCCCCAUGCUGUGUGUGUAACUGUAAGGGCACCCUGAGGGCUAUUCUGCAGGAGCUGCGUAGCAUGAGGAGGCUGAUGCAGACUCAGAAAGCAUCCUUUGAAAGGCAGGAGCAGGUGGCAUCAGGCUGCCAGCCUCGCCUUGGUCCUACCUCCACUUCUCGCUUCAUGCCCCGAAAGAGGAGGCCCAUGUAUAAGAUGGCUCCACUUAGUGUUUUCAAUAAUAGAAGAAGCACUCUUUCCUCUUUGGGGGCAUCAGGGCCUAAAGCUGCACCUGCUGAAUCCGUAAAAAGUGCAGAAUGUGAGAAACUGGACUCGUCCACCCCCGACAUGCACCCUGUCUCUUGUGACGUGUCUGUGCUGCCGUCCCAGAAGUAUCCAGCAACAGCGUGUGACACACAAAACCCUUUCCUGAACAAGCUAUGGGAGCCUCAGGUAUUAGAGUCCGAGGUGCGUCUCGCAGAAGAUUAUGAUGUGUUUAUCUCUAAAGCCCAGCUGGACUCCAUUCUGGUCAACUAUACCCGCUCUGGCAGCCUGCUGUUCCGCAAACUGGUAUGUGCUUUCUUUGAUGACGCUACCCUGGCUAACUCGUUACCAAAUGGUAAACGGAAGAGGGGGCUAAACGAUAACCGUAAGGGCCUGGACCAGAACAUUGUGGGUGCUAUUAAAGUGUUUACAGAGAAGUACUGCACAGAGCACAAAAUAGAGAAGUUGCCUGGGCCUCGAGACUGGGUCCAAAUCCUUCAGGAUCAGAUCAAACUUGCCAGGAGGAGGCUGAAAAGAGAUGCUGCAGAGGCUGAGAAAAACUCAAAUGGACCAUCCACAAGUAUUGAUGUCAUAUGAAGCUGUUUACACACAGCUAAGAAAGUUUUUUCAUUCACACUUUCCACGUCAUUGAUCUGUUGUUACUGUUUUGUAACAUUUUUCCAAGCGCCUCGCUUAGAGACUUGAACUUCUUUCUUCACUGUCAUAACACACACACACCCACU